GUACAAGUUCGUUUUUUGCCCGUUUCAAGCAAAAGAACAUCCAUCGUUUUCGUCUUGGCCAUUUGGAAAAGUAAUCGAAAUUUUAAGUGAAAAAAUGUUGACCCGUACCAAUUUGUUGGCUAGCAACUUUGCCAAGUCUAUGGUUAGAUUCCACAGCCAUGGUGGCAUUCCCGGCGAGAAUUUGCCCUUCAGCUUGAAGAACCGUUAUAGGCUCACUGCUCUUUUCACUACCUUCACCGUUUUGGGUUUCGGUUCUCCCUUCUUGAUUGUCAGACAUCAAUUGCUUAAGAAGUAAAAAAAAUUUUAGAUUAAUUCUUCUUUGCUUUUAAGUUAUCAAGUUGUCGAUACAUGUGAUGCCAAGACAUUGCGUUUAAAAUAAAAAUCCCAAUAUGUGCGAUGUAUUGUAAGAUAAAAUGUAUUCGCAAAUAUAAAAAAUAACCAAAAUCAAA